AUGUCUUCUUCUUCGAAAUCGCAAUUAGAACAACUUCCAAACGAGUUACUACUUAUUGUUUUAAAACAUUUAUCGAUCUACAAUCUUUACAAAGAUUUUUUUGGGUUGAACCAACGUUUUAAUUACUUAAUUAAAUGUGUAACACCGCGUACGAUUGACAAACAAAAAGUGAAUGAAGAUAGUAAAUCAAUUCAUUAUGAAUCUCCUUCUAACAGAUUAUGUAUUGAUGAAUGUGUAACGUGUUUUCUGUUACCACGUUUGAAUCGAGAUCAUCGUAAUAUUGAUUGGUUGUUCUUUAAUGAAUUACAACACACGGCUACGACUGUGAUUUCUGUUACUGAUCAACGACGUCUACUUGCGAUUCUAAAAAAAUACUCAUUGAAACUUAAUUUAUUACUAUUUUAUUCUUAUACAUUUAUUGUUAGAGCAGACCAAAUAAAAUUUAAAGGAUGGACAUUGGAAAAUUAUCCGCUAGAAUACGUAAUAAUAAAAGAUUUUGAUUUUUCACAGCGUACACAUGACUGGAAUGAAAAUAUUCGUGGUGCAUUAUCAAAAGUUCAGGAAGUGGAAAUUAAACGACAACGACAAUUAAUUUGUCAACAAGCCGAAAACGUUUGGAAUGAGUUACGACAGUUAACAAAUUUUAAUCUGUUCUCAAUGGGUUAA